CGCCGUGCUCAGUCGCUCUUCGAGGCUACUGCACAUCGCGUCCCCCCCUCGGCGUCAACUUCAAAACAACACGGAGCACACGGAGAGAGGAGCGGGGCUCUGCGGACCGCUAGUCACCCGUCCGAGGGCGCAGAACGGAGGCCUCUUCCCUGAGCCGCGCUGGAGUGAUUGGUCCAGUUCCUUUCGUCCUCUGCAUCUCGUGGCUGUCGGCCCUGUGAGCUGCAUGAGGGCUCUCAGAGCUGUGGAUUGUAUCAUUAUGGAACAAUAGCAGUGGGACUCAAAGCUCUCCCUCCUCUUCCCCCAUUUCUUCUUCCUCUCAGCCUGACUCUCAACUGAAGCCCUGCCCCCUAGCAAAUACACAGUCACCCACCCACACACAUGUGCAGCCGUCUGACUGCUCCUCCCACGCUGGUCAUGGUCCACUCCCCCAGUCUCUCCGGUCAGUCAGUCAGGCAGUGAGUCAGUGGAAGCGCUGUAAUCCUCUGUGAAGUAUAGGGCCUAUACGGUUGCAUAUGCUGGCCUUUGUCGGUUGUUGUUAUUGCAGAGGCCUCCCUCAGAAGAGAACAUGAGGGACAACAUAAAGCAGCAUAAAGCUCACUAGGGGAGGAAGCGAAAGCGAGAGAGUGAGUAAGAGACACUGACACUGCCAUUUCUUUGACUGGAGGAGAAUGAGCUUCACAGGGCGACAGCUGGGAUUCAGUAGUGGUGAAACCACAUGAUGUGGGACUGGCAUUACUAUUGCACGUCAAUCACAAAUUGGACCAACAAUCACCUCUGGAGUUAUUUGUCAAAUACAUUUUUUUUUUUCAAAUUAAGAUUUUGGGAUAUUUUUGUAUUUUCCCUCUCCUUGGUGGUCUCCUUCCAUUACAGCCCACCAAAAGUGCCUUGUAUGUUACUUGUGUCUAUGUUUGUUAUUUAACUCAUCCUACUUAAUACUUCAUUUCAGAUUCUAUAUUUCCACAGAUUGUUUGUGGUAACUUUACAUACAGUAAACGUGUUGCCAUACUUAAGGGAAAGUACAGCUCUGGCAACGGCUUCCAUCAAAUGCACACUUGAGAAUCAUCACCGUGGCAAAUUCUAUUUCUGCUUGUGGGUGAGCGUGUUUAGGCUCAGUGUUACACUCAAGACUGGUGUGACUCUCUGCACCACUUCCUCUGGAUCUCUGCUUUUCGACGACGCAGAGCUGUCGACAUGAUCACUCUCCAGUCCAAAUGGCGCUACAUUUUCAUGUUCCUGGGUAUCCAGCUGGUGGUCAUGGCACUGCUGUCCCGAGAGGGAUACCAGAAGAGGGUCACCUACUUCAUCCGCAUCUUCCGCAAGCCCGACACCCCUGGUUUGUCAAGCCGCAAUCAAACGGCGGGCAUCACUGGAGGGGAUAUAUAUGCCAACCUCUCCCACUUACCCAAAGCUCACAGCCAUGCAGAUGAGAUGCCCUACUGCCCCAAGACAUCUCCUUUAAUAGGCGGGCCCAUCCACGUCAGCUUCCCGUCGGGGCUCAGUCUGGCAGAGGUUGAAAGGAAAAAUCCAAUGGUGGUUCGGGGAGGACGUUACAGGCCGCCGGACUGUGAGGCGAGGCACCGGACUGCCAUCAUCAUUCCCCACAGACACAGAGAACACCACCUAAAGUUCCUGCUCUACUACCUACACCCUUUUCUGCAGAGACAACAGCUCAACUAUGGAAUUUACAUCAUUCAUCAGGCCGGGAACUACACGUUUAACCGAGCCAAGCUGAUGAACGUGGGUUUCCGCGAGGCCAUGAGGGAGGAAGACUGGGACUGCCUCUUCUUCCACGACGUGGACCUCAUCCCAGAGGAUGAUCGCAACACGUAUAUCUGCGACUCCAACCCGAAGCACGCAGCCAUCGCCAUGGACAAGUUUGGCUACAAGCUUCCGUACAAGAUGUACUUUGGAGGAGUGUCGGCGCUGUCGCCACUGCACUACCUCAGAAUGAAUGGUUUUCCCAACAACUACUGGGGCUGGGGGGGAGAGGACGACGAUAUCGGAGUCAGGGUGUCUCUGGGCGGGAUGUACAUAACUCGUCCGUCACUGAAGGUUGGCCGGUACAAGAUGAUUAAGCACAAGCUGGAUAAAGGAAAUGACGUAAACCCAAAGAGGUUCAACAUGCUGGCCAAGACGCGUCAGACCUGGAAGUCGGACGGGAUGAACACCGCUGAAUAUGAGGUCAUCUCGAGGCAAUACCUGCCCCUCUACACCAACAUCACCGUCAACAUUGGCACUGAGGCCGGUCUACAUCUGCUCCCUCCCACGCCCUCCCCCGGUGCCAAGGCCGAAGGCAAACCUGCAGAUGAGGCGCCAGCCGGAAUGUCAGCCAAACAGGAAGAAACGCACUCCCCCCAGACAGACCACUAGUUGUGUUUAACUUUGCCAGUUCUUCAAAAGGAUAAUGCUCUCGGUACAUGUAGGGAUGGUGGCUUUUUCUUCGCCGUGGCCUGAAACCUCUCGCUCACUUUAAGCUUUUUUGUCUGUUUGUGGAGGAUUUAGUUUUGUGGACCCACAGUCAGCCAGUCGUUAAGGCGGUCAACUCGCCCAGGGGCCGUAUUCACAAAUAAGAAUAUUCUCAGAAAGAUCCUAAAUAACCCUGAACAUUUCUAAAAUCCUGUUUUAGGAGAGUAAGUGGUAAGUUUUGUACAAUAUGAACAGGGGGAAAAUGGCUUUGCUUUCAUCAAUUUCUGAGAUUGCUGGCCAGUCUGUAAAGGAAGUGGUGUCGGUUGGCGUGUAACUUUAACUUAAACCGGCGAACAAGCAAACGGUUACGGAGGCAAGUAAAAGAAGCUGGAAAAAAAAAAAAAACACUGCACAGACGACCGAUGUUUACUCUCAGCUCAACAAAUCGACGAGCGUAAAAUCUUUUUCAAGAGAAAAAAAACUGUCCUGGAACUGUUCUUAGAAAACGUCAAUCUUCCAAGAAUCUUCUCUGAAUUUCACCACUAAGAAGCGUCUCUUUGCACUGGGCUGCUUCAUGAAUACGGCCCCCGAUUGAUAAAGAAUAAAAACGGCCGGCAUGAAUUUCUCAACCCUCCACCUUCGGUUCCCUAUGAUCCGAUCACAUAGCUGAUCGUUUCUUUCCGAUGGGAGCCACAGCAAAGAGAAAAGCUGAAAGUUGGACUCUAUGAGUUUUUUUUAUAUAUAUAUAUAUAUAUAUAUAUAUAUAUAUCUACAGUGCUGCAGUCGCUGGUUAAACCUUGUGAUGCCUUAGAAUCUUUUUUUUUCUUUUAACUGGUAUUUUACGGAAUUCAGAAUACUGGGUUUUUAUGGGGCAGUAGCUGCAAUGUCCAGCAGUCACGCUGUGCCACGGCAGAUUCUGACUUUUUUUUUUUUUUUUUGUCUCAAAGCCAAUGAAUUCACGAGUUGGAACGAGUGUGUGAAGCUGCUACAGUGGGAACUUAAUCUGUUACAACUGUGCACAUAUCAAUGAGUUCUCUCUGCAUAUAUCUAGUCCUCUGUUUAGAAGCAUUUCCCGCACAGAGAUUCUGUUCUACUUCAGUUUGGCUCGUAUAUCGAAACGCUUUCUCCCGACUUAUAGAUACUGUCCACAUCAUUUGGCGUCUGGUCACAUUAAGUGAAAGGCCGAUGCGAAGUAGAAGGUACCAAUGGUACCGUUCCUCUGUUCAGCGUUUAUCCAGGCAGUAAUGAGCACAUUCGGUUCUGCCUUUUUAAAUGAGUUCAGUAUAUUUCAGCAUAUCCACUAUCUACAACAUUUCACAUCAAAAUGGAGUCUCUUUGCUCACCAUAUAAUGUAUACACACACACACACGCACGCAAAUAUAUAAUUAUGUAACUGUGACUCGUUCCCCUAACGAUGCAGUGAAUUUUAGUUAUGUGCAAAAUUGGUGAAACUUUAUUUUAUUUUAAACCAUCGAAAACUUAACAGGAGUUUGCUGGAGAGACAGAUCACUGUUGUUGAGCUAUUCUCACAAAGUUUCAUGACAAUAAUAUCUAAAUGCACCGUUGUCAAGUUGACUUGAUGAUGUGAUAAUAUAAUUGACAUGAAUAUUUGGAGUGUGACUUACGUUCCAGGUGUUGAAUUCAGCACGUUGUGACAUGGAGACGUCUGCCAUGUCCUCUCCCCCCGUGCCCUUGUACUGCAUGCAGACUCUUCAGCAUCCUCCUCCUCCUCUCUGACAGAUUUGAUUGUUUACAAGAAAACCCAGUACCUUUAUCCAGCGAGUGUGGCUCUAGUGAUGGACAUGUUGAAACCAAAGACGAAUGCAUGGGAAGCUGCGAUAAUGGAUAAAAAAAGAAAAGAAAAUGUGUGCGUAUAGCAAGCUCCAUAUGUUAAUGAUGAUUUCCACAAAGCUGUAUUUUUAUUCCAUUUUGAAGGACAAAGUCUCAUAUUUUCUUCCUUUCAACAUUUGAAGCCUCUUUUAAAUUCGGUGUCCAUGAAGCUGUCAAGAGAAGAAACCAGCACGUAUUUCCCUUAAUGUACUAACUAUAGAACACAUUUUUAUUUUUUAGCGAAGGUUUGAGGAUAGUUGGUGAUGAUUUUUUUAUUAUUAUUACUCUAAUGAAAACUCAUUUUUAUUUUCAUUGUGGUAUUUGCUGAAGUGAAUGAGACGAGGUCUGAGAGUGGUUUCCUGUGAUUUUUCUGAAAUAGACGGCUUAAUACUGUAUUAGUGUUUUGGUGAAGAUUCAUAUUUAACUCCUAUGGCCUUAGCAACACACUCACCCAGCACUGGUAUUUCAAUACUCGGGCACUAGUGUGUUUUUAUAUCAAGACUAAAUAUGCAUGACAAAAGAACCGUAGUAAAAUGCAUAUGGAAAUGUACUGAGCACCCAAACGAUUCACGUCAGUGCUCACCUGGAAAAUGUGAAGCAUGCUUAGAGUGUCUAUUUUAUGAACCAUAAACUUUUGUCCUGACUUUCUAUGUAGAGAAUUCCAUCUGCUGUGCGGAGUGCCCCUCGCUGCUGUGUACCAUAAGAGGAAGAGAAAAUGGCAUUUUUCUUAACAAACCGUACAAAAGAGGUUUUCAAUGUCACAAUUUUCCAUAAUUUAUGGUGUUGGUGUCUCUCUUUUCUGACUCCCUUUUUAUUUCAAAGCGACUAUUUUCAAUUUUUAUUUGACUCCAUUCUGAUGUGGUUAAGCUCGGCAGCAUUAGAAAGCAGUCGCCACAGGGGAGCACCGGUAUACAACCAAGGGCAGUGUGACUUUGUGAGUUAUUGCUGCUCUCUAUAAAUUCUGCACAGUCCAGAGUGGCCUUAAAAUCCAUUAAUAAACUGAUUAUCCAGAA